CCCAUUCUUGAAUAUACUAUACACAGAGAGAGAAAGAGAGAGAGGGAGAGAGAGAGAUGAGUGAUGGGGGGAGGAAGAAGGGGAAGGCGGUGGUGGUGGGGGGAAGCAUAGCAGGGGUGGCGAGUGCGCACGCACUUAUAAGAGCUGGGUGGGAGGUGGUGGUGGUGGAGAAAUCAAUCGCACCACCAACUCGAAGCCCAACCGGAGCCGGACUCAGCCUCGACACCGUCUCUCAGAAAAUCGUCAACUCCUGGCUCCGUCAACCCCACCUUCUCCAAACCUCCACCUUGCCUCUCUCCAUUGAUCUGAAUGAAGCAACAGAUGGUGAGAAGAAUAUCAGAUGGACACUUGCAAGAGAUGAAAACUUAAAUUUUAUAGCAGCACACUGGGCUGAUCUCCACAGUCUUCUGUACGAUGCGCUACCACCAGAUAUUUUUCUCUGGGGUCACUUGUACCUCUCUUUCUGCAUUUCUAAUGACGAGUCUAAUGUUAAAGUGAAGACUAAAAUCCUUCAAACUGGUGAGAUCAUCGAAAUAGUUGGUGAUUUCCUCAUUGCAGCAGAUGGGUGUCUGUCUUCAAUCCGCAGAAGUUUUCUUCCCGAAUUCAAGUUGAGGUACUCAGGUUACUGUGCAUGGAGAGGAGUAUUAAAUUUUUCAGAUAAUGAGCAUUCAGAAGCCAUGAUAGGCAUCAGGGAGGCAUAUCCAGAUCUUGGGAAAUGCUUAUACUUGAACCUAGGUUACAGGACACAUACCGUGCUUUUUGAGCUUUUGCACAAAAAGAUCAACUGGAUUUGGUAUGUCAAUCAACCAGAGCCAGAACUUGAGAGGAACUCAGUGACCACGAAAGUAAGCAGCAACAUGAUCAAGGAAAUGUAUGAAGAAGCAGAGAAGGUUUGGGUUCCUGAAAUGGUUAAGCUCAUGAAAGAAACAAAGGAACCUUUCAUAAAUGUCAUAUAUGAUUGUGAUCCUUUAGAACAAAUAGUUUGGGACAAUGUUGUAUUAGUUGGAGAUGCUGCUCAUCCAAUAACCCCUCACAGCUCAAGGAGCACAAACAUGGCAAUAUUAGACGCAGCAGUUUUGGGAAAGUGCCUUGAGAAGCAGGUAGCAGAAAAUCUGCAUUCAGCACUCGGAGAAUUUCAGUCCAUACGGCUUCCAGUUGUUUCGAAGCAAGUACUGCAUUCUCGGUAUGUGGGUCGCAUCAAACAAGGUUUAGUUCUUUCUGAUCGCAACCCAUUUGAUCCGAUGAUAGCAAAGCCAGAGGAAUGCCAAAUACUUCUGCAGAGAAGCGUGCCCUUCCUUGGCGAUGCUCCUUCAAUAUUACCUUAGACAAUAUGUUCCAUUUGCUUGAGAAGCAUUGCCCUCGAACUUCUUAUCAUCUGCUGCUUUCAUUGUGUUGUAACCAAUAAUCAACAUGAGUUGUAUGUAUUCAUGUAUUAUAAGUUGUACUUGUAUAGAUUCAUGUACAAUGAUAGACUGGAAUUGAAAAUAUGAUUGGUUUUUCUAGAUUAACUUAUCACUGUAAUAGAUUUUUCUGAUGUGGGUGAUU